AUGGGACAACGACUGGCUCCAAGCCUUGCCAUUGCAUUUAUGUCUAAGGUGGAAGCACCGGUGACUGAUCUCGGGCCGCUACUCUACUGUAGCGACACCACCGAAUCGGUCGUCAUCGAGUCACUCGACGAUCAACGGAACUGCAGGAGACACAGGUUAAGCUCUCGACCAACAUAUCCUUCAUGUACACAAAAUCCUUCGUGUAUCUCAACAUUAGUGGUUCGGCCAAAUCAUCGGUGUCCGACGAAGUUCUGCAAGUUUUCACUGGCAUUGUGA